CCUUACUGAAAGCCAAUUGAUUACUGGAAGAAUCCCGUCACAAUCUGGGGGGAGGAGCCUCUCUCGCUCUGUGUACAUAAAAGCAUGCUGAUGGGCACCCGGUCUCAGCAAGAGGCCAGACACACUGAGCCAACAGACAGAUGAUACACACACAGCUACAGUCAUUGGAUGCAAACAGCUUAGCUUACACAGUUAUACAACAGGAGGGAGCUCUAGUGCUUUCAAUAAAAACACUUCAGACAGGAGAAUCUGUAUUUUCAGACAUGGGCGUGCACGGCUCUAAGACCCAAAAACAAGCACAAGUCCUGAUGCUGGGCCUGGAUGGGGCUGGGAAGACCACCUUGCUCUACAAACUGAAGUACAACGAGAGUGUGGUUACUGUGCCAACUGUGGGCUUCAACGUGGAGAUGCUGGAGACACAGCAAAGUGGGCCAGGCCUCACGGUGUGGGAUGUGGGUGGCCAGAGGAAGAUGAGGCCCCACUGGAGGCACCACUACGCCGACACGGCUGGACUAGUGUUUGUGGUGGACAGCUGGGACCUGAGGCGGCUGGAUGAGGCUCGCAAGGAGCUCCAUCAGGUCCUGAGGUACCAGAGUCUCCGAGGAGUUCCUCUGGUGGUCCUGGCCAACAAACAGGACCUCCCUGGAGCUCUAAGCCCAGCAGAGCUGAGCCUGAGGCUGGACUUGAGCAGAGUGUGUGGCGACAGGUCCUGGUACGUCCAGCCCUGCUCUGCCACCACCGGCUUCGGACUGGAGGAGGGAUUCAGGAGGAUUGUCUAUCUGCUGAAGAGUUCAUUAAAACAGUCUCAAGAGGACAUCAAGAAUAAGCUGAGGUCCAAGGGCCACACCGUUAUGGAAAUGAAGCCAGUCUUACGCCGCGGCUAAUAUGAACUGAUUCAUUAUGUGAUGGUUUUCAAAUCUCUCACAAAUGAGGAUCUUCCUAACCGACCUGUGUAACUCACCAACAAACGGCCUGGCUGUGGCAUCUAUCUGAGCCAGACGAGAGGAGGCAGCAGUCAGAUAGAUAAUAUUAGCACAGUACAGCGUGUUCAGUGUUAAUCUCUGCGGAGAGAAGCACCUUCACUGUGACGAGGCCAGGACAAAAUGUGUUUGAGCAGCGGUGAUGAUGAGGAUGUUGUGUAUAAUCUUGGAUUACCAGGAUAGUUAUACACAACUGAGAAAACAGCAGGUUUUCUCAGUGAGCUGCCAUGAGCGUCUAAAAACAGUGUCUGAUAUAAUCAAAAUAUUGGAAACUGACUGUAGUUUCUGUGGCGUGGUGAAGUGUAAUAUCCCCAAUGUGCACUAUGUUAAGCACUUAUUCAUGUUUUUUUUCUGUGUACAAUCUAUCUAUUGAGUUGUUUUGUUUAGGAUGAUAUUGUGUUAAUGCAGUUUUUAUAUCACAGCAUUGAAAAAUAAAAACUUUAACAAGACAAACAUGAUUGGCUUUCAUUUCACAUGUCUCUGUUUUUCCCAGUUGCAGAUAACAGUUUUAAUUCUGUCUGUAAAGUAGG